CAAAAUAUCAUCACUGUAAUAUUAUAGAUUGUAAACAGAGAAAUACAAAUAUAUAAUUGUCCGACCUUAUGAUAUACACUACUAAGUACUAACCUACGCAAAUAAUACCAAUUAAUCUUCAGCUUAUUCGGAAAAUUUCGGCUAAUUCAUGUUAGAUACGGACAACGUCGGAUUUAACCCAAAUCCUCAAUGCAAAUGCACAAUUUUCUGUCUUUUGAGAUAGAGAUAAUUUCUGAGCCGAGCCGAGGAAGAAGAAGAAGAAGAGAUGGGUUUUGUCUUAAUCUGUACUUGUCCUCCGUCCUCGGGUGUCGUCGUCUCUCAGCUUCACCAUCACCAGUUCUCCGCCGGAGUCAAAAGCAAUGAACUUUGGUUUCGUCCGACUCGUAGAACCCUAAUUUCGAAAUCAUCUUGUUUCAAUCUCCCUCAAGAACCCAUUCUCUCCGAAGCUCUCAAGGAGCCAAUUGCAUUCUUGGGUGGGAUGUUUGCUGGACUUCUAAGACUUGAUCUAAACGAAGAGCCGCUCAAGGAUUGGGUGACGCGAACAGUUGAAGCCUCGGGUAUUACAGAAGAAGAAGUUGAUGCAGAUGGGGUUGUUUCCAAUGAUGAAGACUCUCCUCAACAGAUAGAGAUUGAAUGAGGUGUCUUGGUUCUGCAGUAUUUACCAUCUGCAAGGACCUUUUGUAUGUAACCCCUGUGUUCUUUAUGUAGAAAGAAACAGACUCUCUUAUGUAUAACUUUUACAUUACAGAGGUAUGUCAUGUCCUUGAGUAUGACAUUCUUUGCUGGUAGUUGAAUCAAGAUAGUGAUGAUCUAAACAGUGCUAGAGUGUUGGAGAUCAGUCGAAUCAAAUCAAGCUAACAAGAUGGCUUUUGCAUUGAGGCGUAAAAUCUGACAAAUUAUACAACACAAAGAUUUUACAUUCACUCUGUAUCAUCCAUAGUCUAGUCUCUAAAUUUGAGAUAGGUAUUUGUGUGGCUAUAGUGUAGGUCUUACUACUUAUUUUUGUUGGUUGAAUCUUCAAUGAGAUUACAAUCAUUUUUGUGGAUAAUCAGAGAUACUUGUACUGAUUACUGAAUCCAGGUAAGUCUCUGCAUUACGCAAAUUUGGAAGAGACCAA